AUGGGUGGAUUGGGGAAUCCUCACAAAAUAAAGGGUAUGGUUCUGAUACCAGGAUUACCAAUCGUUGGUAACACUUUUCAGCUUAUCAAUAACCCUGCAAAGAAAUGUAUUGAAUGGUCAAAAAAAUACGAAGCCAGCAUCUUCCAAAUCAGAUUAGGUAUUAAAAGGAUUGUUGUAGUUAAUUCGUUUGAAGAUGUACAAAAUAUCUGGUUAAAAAAUUCUCGUGCUACUAAUUCUAGGCCAGUUCUGUAUACUUUUCAUCAUAUUGUCUCCAGUACUCAAGGUUUUACAAUAGGGUCGACUCCAGAGGGUCCGUCUUUUCAAAGAAAGAAAAAAGCAAUUUCUAUGCUAUUAAAUUAUAGAAGUGUAAUGGAUUUAUCCGAUGUUAUCGAUAAUGAAACACGCUAUACAAUAAGAAAACUUAUCACCAAAAAUUCGGAGUUAUCUGGUCCACCUUCAUGCAACAUGUUUAGGUACGUCAGAACUGAGCUAGCAGAUAUCAAUUUGAUGCCCUAUGGUCAGUUGUUUGCCUUGCGAAGUUCAAUUUUUAUUACAUACGGUUUCUACCUCGACUGCUACAAUAAAGAUGCAAAACUUGCACAGGAAAUUAUCAAUGUUGAGAAUAAAAUCAUUAGAUUUAGAUCUCCAAUAUCAAACUUAAGAGAUUUUCUUCCUUUUUUGAGAUAUAUUCCAGGAAUGGAGUCGAAAGCUGAUCUAUUCGGGAAAAAAAGAAAUGAAUAUAUGAAUCACCUCUUUCGUAUCUUGAAGAAGAAGCUUGCAUUGGGAGAGAGCCUAGCAAUGAACAGCCUAGUAGGUCAACUUCUUGCGAGUGAAAAAAACAAAUUAACCACUUCUGAAAUCCAAAGUGUUUGCUUAACAAUGGUGAGCGCAGGGUUAGAUAACACUCCUUUAAACUUUAAUCACGUAAUGGGACACUUAUCUCAACCUUAUGGUGAAAGUAUUCAAGAAAAAGUGUUCGCAGAGAUUUUGUCUAAAAGCAACAAUGAUAUAUGUAUUGCUUGGGACAAUUUGGCUCAUUCCAUGGAUUGUGAAUAUCUAAAAGCGGUCAUAAAAGAAACAUUGAGGUACUUUACUGUACUCCCUCUUAGCUUACCGCGAACUACUACAAAAGAUAUUUCUUAUAAAGGUGCAAAAAUUCCAAAAAACACGACAUUAUUUAUGAAUGCUUAUGCUGCAAAUCAUGAUUCAAAAGUUUUUCCUUACCCUGAUGUAUUCAUACCAGAUCGGUGGAUAGAUCCCAUAUCCAAGACAGUCAUAUCAAAAGGUGAAUUGUUUCAUUUUUCUUUCGGCGCUGGUUCCAGAAUGUGUUCAGGUAAUCAUUUAGCAUUCAAAGAACUCUAUACAUUAACAGGUCGUAUGAUACUUUUCUUCAAAAUUAAGCCCCCAGUUGGAGAUACAAAAAUGUUACUUGACCCUUUUGAAAACAAUGAACACCCUCGCGCAACAUCUUUUGAACCCAAGUUGUUUAAAGUUAGGCUAGAACCAAGGUUCCAUGAUGGCAGCAACGACUUAUAUAACAAAAUCUUAAAGACGUAA